CACACACACACCCGUUGCCCUUUGCCGGAAGCACCGAGGAUUCCUUUCCAACAGUCGCAGGAAAUUGGUUCUUUUUUCCUGCUUACGUCAUAUCGUGGGUCGCUUCCCACGCUGAGGCAGUGUCGUGAUUUUCUCGUUACAAAUCCUCAUUGCGGCAACGCUAACUAUCUUGCAAGCAGUGCAGUGUGAGUGUGUAGAAUCUAAAAUCCAGUGAUAACAAAAACUGUGACUAAGUGAAAAAAAAAGUUUCCAAACGACCGAGAAUGCAUUUGGUAAAAUGUCCAUAAAACUGUACAAAGGGGCGUCUGGGAAGGUUUCUUGUUGCCACCCGAAUUCUUGAAAGUUGGUCUGAAAAUAACUGAGAAAGAUAAACGUGCGUAGGCUCUACAUAAAUCUCAGAAAAUCUAGCAUUUUAGUCUGUGGAGAGGAAAAGCGUGAAAACCCUUGAUUCAGCGAACAAUACCUACACACAACACAAGGGAGAUAUUGUGUGACAACGAUGGAAAGGUCAAAUGUCCAAGGCUGUAGAAAUGUCCCAAAAAGAAAAAUGCUCUAACCGAUGGACACAACACAAGAAAUUGUCUAAUUACGAAUACUACGAAUAUGACCUAAACAUAACUUGAACAGAUACGAUCAUUUUCAUCAUGAAUAAUUAAUAAAAACGUACAUAAUAUUGAUUUACCUUUAAGCACACAUACCUGCAAUAGCUUUAACGUAAAACGAAGCAUUGAGUCACCCUUAAUGUCGUAUAUUUUUUGUGUGCUCAUUGUCCACGUCCAAUCUGCUCAAAUCAAUGCCACCAGGAAAGCAACUUGGUGACAUUGGCCAAUAGUUAAGGUAUGGAAAUUGAAAACAACGAUAUCCAAGACUAAUGGCAAGGAAAAACCUGCAGAAAAACCAAUCCUCAAUCAAUCGAAGACAUUCUGAAGAGAUUCACAAGACAAAUGCUAACAGAAACAAUUUAUGUUUUGAUCAUCAGGAAAAUUAAAUUUAUAAGAACCUUGAAGAAUAAUUUAAAAGAGUAUAUUACAUACCUUAAUUUUUCAUUUUAUCAGAUUGAUAAAAAGAUAAUGAGAUAUAGCAAAGUAUGUAGAAUGUAGGAAACACAAUAAGAUAAGCUACAAUUGCGAUUCUUGUUUACCUAACCUGGCAACACCUUUCGCUUAGUUUAUGCGGUAUAUAAUCAAUCACCACAAGUAGGCGUUUUACUCAAAAUGCAGCAGCCACGAACCCACUCACACACACACCUACUGCUUUCUUUCCAAAAAAAAAAAUCAAAUUGUGAACGAUCGGCGAAAAAAAGAUAUGUCCCUUUCUGGACAUCAUCCAACAGCACAAAGUUUUUAACCGAUACCGGUGCUUACCGCCACUGACCGCGUGGGAUAAAACCUACCACCUUUCGCUUCACACGCUCCCUGAAGCACCUCGUGCUUCAUCAGAAGGGUGCCUGACCAUGAGGACGGGACUCACAUUCAGCAAACGUCUAACGGGCGAACAGAACCGUGGAAAGGAAAUCCCAACAAAAACGCGAGAACUUGACCGAACCGAACUUCUUUCCCGGUGAUCUAAGAAUGCCACGAUUUCAGUAUUACGCUUCACUGUUUCUUCGUUUGCUUUUUACCCUGUUCUUGUUCGGGCCACGAUCCGCGCUUUAAUCCAACCCCCAACCCCUCCCUUCAUCUGCUUCUCCUUGCGCGACUGAUGGAUCUUUGUAUUUUGUGUGUGUUUCUUGAAUGAGUUGUAUUUGUUAUUUGUAGACGCUUCGAAAACGAAGCGAAAACAGACACCGCUCCAGCCCGAAACUGGCUUGUGGUGGCUCUUCGAAGCCGUAAGAUGAAGAAGGGAGAGAAAAAAAACAUUGUGUUUAUUUUCUCCAAAUCAAAACCAAAGGUGCGAGAAGAAAGGAGAAGAGAGGGAAAAUACCAUAAGGAAUUGCCGCAGGGUCUAGAAUCUGUGGCAGGUUUACCCCGACCGAAACCGAAGAAUGAAAAGGCAUAAUCUGUAAUUAACAUUUGUCGUGGGAAAAUUUUCGAAUCGUGAGAAAGUUCCUGCGCAACACCUUCACAUCCCCUCUGGCGUACAUGGCGUACGGGCUCCCUUGCCCGAACCGUUCAGGUGUGUUGAACAACUCGUGGUGGUUCUCGCGGACACACGGGAACCGGUUCCCGUCGCGCAUACCCAAAAAUACACGUACGCGAAGGGACGCAACACAACGGAAGACGAUCGUUCUCGGAAGCGUACCCGCUGGUACGAUCGCGCAACGGAUCCGCCGGGCGAACGAAAGAAAGAGCGAGCCCGAUUCGAGUGAGGAAGUAUUUGUUACCAGCAACAACGUUAGAUUAAGAUACGCCGUAUCUCACCUUUUGUGGCCUUUAGCCGCGAGAAGGGAAGGUACAUAGCAAAACGGUUGACGGCAAAUGGGGAGCUUGAGAUCAUCUCGCGGAUGAGCCAGUAAUGUGGGGAAAGAAUUUUUUAAACCACGAAAAAACGAAGCAAACAUCUUUAGUCCGAUGAGAAUCUGAUACCUCCUCUCCCGGUCAUUGUCGACCGUUGCCGGUGGGAAACCGGUGUUGCUUUUCAGGAUAUUUCCUACACCAAGCGAACUCACUAAGAAUGUACUCUUCUCUUAUUGUUGACCAUUUUUAGCUCCAGUGGGUAGAGAAGGCCCUCUCCCCGUACCAGUAAAGGGCAGUUUCACCCGUUGGGCUCAUUUCGUCACUGCUCGCAACACAACGAAAAAAGCGAAAGUGCUCCAAACCAAGCGGAAACGGCCCCCGUGUGUGUUGUGCCCCUGGCAACAAAGGGGAAAACAUUUCGCAAACUUAACACUACCACCUAGUUCCAUCGGCACAUCUGCCUCAUCAUCAUCAUCAUCAUGGCCAUGUCGAAGGGAUUCCGUGUGCUGGAGAAAUCCAAACCACCUUCACCGCACAGCGUGUUACUGGAGCAUCGAAAUAAGCCGGAAACGUUACUCUUUGAAUCGCAAGCCGUUGCAGUGUUGUCGGCACAAGAGACGGAAAUCGUUCGGAAACAGUACACCAAAGUGCUCGACGCUUACGGAUGUCUGGGAGUGCUGCAACUAAACGCUGGGGACAGCUCCCUACUCUACCUAGUCAUGGUAACGGGUUGUUUUUCCGUCGGCAAAAUUCUCGACAGUGAAAUCUUCCGCAUCACCCAGACACAGUUCGUGUCGCUACAGUACCAACCGACGAACGAGGACAAGGUAGCCGAAAUACGCAAGGUUCUGAACUCGGGCACGUUUUACUUUUCCUUUUCGAAUGCGGGAGCCGUAGCGGGGCCGGCCACCAUUGUGCAACCGUUCGGGUUCGAUGUAACGCUUUCGGCCCAGAGACGCCGGCGUACGAACGAAACGGACAAUCGGUUCUUCUGGAAUCGGAUGCUGUUCAUCCAUCUGAUGCGGUUCGGUGUGGAGUGUAACUUUUGGCUGCUGAAAGCGAUGUGCGGUUCGGUCGAGAUACGUACGGUGUACGCGGGUAGUAAGCAGGCCCGUGCCGCCAUUAUAUCGCGGCUGAGCUGCGAACGUGCCGGGACGCGCUUUAACGUGCGUGGUACGAACGAUGAAGGUUGUGUGGCAAACUUCGUCGAGACGGAACAAUGCAUCUAUCUGGACAACGAGAUCACUUCGUACGUACAGACGCGUGGCAGCGUACCACUGUUUUGGGAACAACCGGGUGUACAGGUGGGUUCGCACAAGGUGAAGCUGUCCCGCGGGUUCGAAGCAUCGCGGGCCGCAUUCGAUCGGCACAUGCGCUCGAUGAAGGCACGCUAUGGGCAGCAGGCAAUCAUAAAUCUGCUCGGAACGAGCCUGAUCGGCAGCAAGGAGGGUGAGGCCAUGCUGAGCAACGAGUUCCAGCGGCAUCAUCGCGAAUCCGAACACUCCGAUGUACCGCAUCUGGUGUUCGACUAUCACCAGGAGUGCCGUGGAGGCAAUACGGUUGCCCUGUCCAAGCUGCGGCAGAAAAUCGAUGCGACCAGUGCAGACUUUGGCAUGUUUUACGCGAUCGGUGAUUCGGUAUACCGGGAGCAGCACGGUGCCAUCCGUACCAACUGUCUGGACUGUCUCGAUCGCACGAAUUGCGUGCAAACGUACAUCGGGCUGGAGAUGCUGAACGAACAGAUUGCACUGAUGGCCGCGUUGGCGGACAAGAAGCAGCAGAUGAGCUCACGCUUUGAGGAGGUGUUCCGGCAGAUGUGGAUCAAUAACGGGAACGAGGUGAGCAAGAUCUAUGCCGGUACCGGCGCAAUACAGGGCGGUUCGAAGCUGAUGGACGGUGCACGAUCGGCUGCCCGUACGAUUCAAAACAAUCUGCUGGACAAUUCGAAGCAGGAAGCAAUCGAUGUGCUGCUGGUCGGUUCGACACUCAGCUCAGAACUUGCGGACCGCGCACGAAUAUUGCUACCCUCCAACAUGCUGCACGCUCCAACACCUGUUCUAAGGGAAAUGUGCAAACGAUAUGAAGAAUACGUCAAUCCGCUGGUGUUUCGAGUAGCCUGUGGCACGUACAACGUUAACGGCGGUAAACACUUUCGCAGCGUGGCAUACAAGGAUGUGUCGUUGGCCGACUGGCUGUUGGAUUGUCACCGAUUGGCACGAUCUCGUUCGCUGGUCGAUUUUAGCCAGGUGGAUGACAGCAAUGAACCUCCGGUGGAUAUAUUUGCAAUUGGAUUUCAGGAAAUUGUAGACUUGAACGCAUCCAACAUCGUUGCCGCUAGUUCCGACAAUGCAAAAGCCUGGGCGGAAGAGUUGCAGAAGGUUGUAAGCCGCGACCAUGAGUACGUGCUGCUCACGUACCAGCAGCUGGUAGGCGUCUGUCUGUACAUCUAUAUACGGCCCCAGCACGCCCAGUACAUACGCGACGUGGCAAUCGACUGCGUGAAGACAGGGUUGGGCGGUGCGACAGGUAACAAGGGAGCGGCCGCAAUCCGUUUCGUCCUCCACGGCACAUCGGUCUGUUUCGUGUGCGCCCACUUUGCCGCCGGUCAGUCGCAGGUGGUCGAACGGAAUGCCGACUAUGCGGAAAUUACGCGCAAGAUUGCGUUCCCGAUGGGACGCUCGCUAAAGUCGCACGACUAUAUCUUCUGGUGCGGUGACUUUAACUAUCGCAUCGAUAUGGAUAAAGACGAGUUGCGGGAUGCGCUCAAACAGUCGCCGAACGACCUGACCGCAGUGCUACAGUACGACCAGCUGCGCAUCCAGCAAAAUGCGGGCAGUGUGUUUAACGAAUUCCUCGAAGGGGAAAUCACAUUCCCACCGACGUACAAGUACGAUCUGUUUAGCGACGAUUACGAUACGAGCGAGAAGUGCCGUGCACCGGCCUGGACAGACCGUGUGCUGUGGCGAAGGCGCAAACAAAGCCCGGAUGCGGACCGUCACCCUGGAUGGAAUCCGGGCCGGCUCGUACACUAUGGACGGGCGGAGCUGAAGCAAAGCGAUCACCGACCGGUAAUAGCGAUGAUCGACAUCGAGGUGCACUACAUCGAUCCGCAGCGCCGAUCGGCCGUGUUUAGCGAUGUGAUUCGCGAUCUCGGUCCACUGGACGGUACCAUUCUCAUACAGGCCUGUAAUAGCUCCAGCGGCGGCGGCGGCGGCGGCGGUGUGACGGCUGAUUCGGGCGACGAGGACGAAGGUAGCAUAUACGACGAAAACCUAAUGGCGGCACUGAUACAGGAGCUGACGCAGAUCGGUGAGGUGACGCUUGUGCGCUUCGUCGGCGAUACGAUGUGGGUGACGUUCCGCGAUGGACAAUCGGCACUGACAGCGGCCCAGAAACGGUCGGUGCUGGUAUGCGGCGUGCAGCUGUCGAUCAAACUCAAGACGGAAAAUUGGGUCGAACAGGUGGAAAAGGAGAUACUGCUCUGCACGCCCAACACGGUUAGCUUCUGCGAUGGCAGUCAGAGCAGUGGCGAUUACAACAGUCUCGGUAUACCGGAGAUACCGGCAAGACCGAAAAGUCCACCCUCGGUCCAGCCGCAAUCAACCCGUGCCGGGCCGCCGAGUCGUCCGCCGUUACCAAAGUCUCCGCAAGCAUCACCAAAGCAUCAACCGCAGCAACAUCACCAUCAGCAUCAUCCUCGGGCGGGUGUCAUCAGUUUGGGACCGGAGGUAUUGUUAGCUUCGAAGUUGCAGCAACAGCAGAAGGUACCGCCACCCGUACCGGCCAUCCCCUGUCCACCACAGCGGCCCACACCACCGGUGGAAGAGUACGCCAGCUCGUCACCCGUGCCAAUAUCACCAUGUCACGGUACGGGGCAGCCGGGUUCCAUUCCACCACCAGUAGACACCGGUGCAAUAUAUGAAGAAAUCAAUGACGACAUCCCCGUUCCGGAGCAACCACGUGGACCACCACCGCCACCGCCGCGUUGCGAUGUGUACGACCUGGACGUGGUGAGCAACAGUGGCAACAGUAAAACGACGACGAACAAAUCAUCGCCACCGGGCACAUCCGGCAGCUCAGGAGCUGGCUCUCCUUUAUCGGCUGGCGGUAGUAAUGCUGUUAAUAAUGCACCACUCUCGUCCGGACCACCUAAAGGUGCACCGCCACCACUUCCAAUGCGACGUGGUGCACCGCCACCAAUACCGAACCGAAGCGGAGGUCCACCACCCUUACCGGCACGUCCAAACAAUCCCUAAAACUAAUGGGCAACCCUAUCCUUAAGAAUCACCAUUGACACACCGUCACAUGAAUCCACCGCGCCACUCCCUUAGCCCAUCUACUUAUUCAUGCAGCAGGAAACAACUAAUCACUGUUUUAGUCCCCAGCUGUAGAAGGCUUGUACCGAUGCAUGUGCGCAGUACUCAAACACACUCAUUACAUUACACAAUCAGUCAAUAUAGGAGCAUGCAAAUGAGAACAGUUAGAAACAGGGGACAGUUGCAAUAGGCUCAUCACAGCUCUGAACUAGAUGACCAAAAGAAUGGAAAAAAUAUUAAACAUAACUUAUAUUUGGAUACGCAGCAUAUCUAGUGCGAUAUAUUAUAUUGUGUUACAAGACACUACUAGCAAACACUGCUACUACUACCGCUAUCAAGCUAAACGACAAACCAGCACACACGGAUGCAUAUUACGGAUGUUGCGUGUGUAUUACAUUCCAAAACAGUAGAGUAACAAUUUUCCUCAAACCAUGUGUAAUGAGUUGGACUGCUUUACGAUACUCUUCGUUGAAACGUUAAAGUUACUACCGAUUAUUGCCAGCUGUUUUUCAUUACCGUAGGUGUUUGGAAGGCAAUACUUAUUAUUAAUAUUAUUAUUAUUGCACUAUUGGUAAUAUUAUUUUAUUAUGUUUAUACUUACGUUUACAGCUGUAGCUAUGCAUGGGAAAGCUACGUGUAUAGGGGAAAAAAAGGAAUUUGUUAUAUCGAUCGAAUUGGGCUGAAAUUGGGUUAUAUCGAUCGAAACGGCGAAACUAUAUACAUACAAACGAGAAUUAUUAAUACCUAGUUGGGUGAUUGCUUUUUUUUGCGAUAUUAUAGAUGAAGCAAUAUUAGCGCGAUUGUGGAAAACAAAUGACAACGCUUAUUUAAUGGCACUAUGGCAGGUAGGAUAUACACGUUCUCCACGCCUCUGUAGCCGAUAGGAUCAAUUACGCAAGGAAAGAAGAAGAAAAAAACAUGCCCGUUUAACAGACCCAUUGUUGGCCACUUCACUUGGUGAAGAAGUUGUAGCAAGUGUGUGUUUGUAACUACCGGAACAUAACAUAUUACGCUUAUGCAGUUCGUUAAAUGUCGCUCCAGGGUCAACAAUUGGGGUGUUGCGGUAAAAAAAAACCAACAGAAAACAUUAUAACGUGAACAGUUAUAUUAACACAAUUAUUAGCCGUUUGCAGUUGAAAUACUACAUAGCAUACAACGUAGCUAAAAGUUGUACAUCAGCAAAUAAAUAGCAAUCGUCAAUAGAGGAUGAGGUGAUAUGAAAUCGAAAGCGAAAUCAGAACAUUCCUCACCCGGAACCAGCGAACGUGUGUGUGUGUGUUGUGUUUCGUUGCGUUGUUGUAAGUUGCAAUAAUCCCGCAAAGUAUGCGAAUAGUAUCGAAGAUGUAAUAACAAGUCAGUGUUCCGUGUACGUUUGUCCGCAAGUUCGCGUGCGCGUAUGGGGUUAGGAAUGUAAGUGAAUGUUUCGUUUGCGGACAUAUUUAUCAGAAUGCAUGCGGUUUGAAAGGGUGGUUGUGUGGUGUGUGAAAAAAAGCUAACCAGCAGCACGGCGCAACAAAAAAAACUCAUCAUAUACAGAAUGAACUAUUAUCAUGAAACGAAUGAAUAAACAGGCUAGUAAAAUACA